UUGUUCGCCAACCGCCAAACGACAGCACGAAGAAGAGCCGUCUGCUACCAUUAACAAAGUCUGAUGUGGCUAGGUCAAUGUUAGCAAGGUAGCACUAAUGGUUGCCCUCUCUGUUGGAUAUUUUUCCCUAUUACUAACUCAACAUGGGCAAGAGAGACAAUCGAGUGGCUUACAUUAACCCCAUUGCUGCGGCACGAGCCAGGGGACCGGCAGCGAAUGCUGGACCGACUAUACAGGAUUAUUUAAGCAGACCUCGGCCAACAUGGGAAGAGCUCAAGGAGCAGCUGGAGAAGAAGAAGAAGGGCUCUCGAGCCCUGGCUGACUUUGAGGAUAAAAUGAACGUGAAAUGGAGGAAAGAACUGGCAAAAAACCGAGAGAAGUUGCUAGGCGCAAGUGACAAAGACAAAGAGCGAGACAAAAAGACAACGGACAAGGAAAAAGAGGAGAAGAAAGAGAAAAAAGAGAAAAAGAAGAAAGAGAAGAAGAAAUCCAACAGGCAUUCUUCAUCUUCCUCCUCCUCAUCGAGUUCUGAUUCCUCCAGCAGUUCCUCCUCAGAAUCUGAAGACCUGGAUGAAAAGAAGAGCGUGAAGAAAAAGCGGAAGAGAAAGAAGUCAUCGGCCAGGAGAGCAUCAGACAGCUCAGAGGAAGAAUCUGAUGCUGAGAGCAAGAAGAAAAAGAAAAGAAGCAAGGAAGAAGGGGACAAAGAAAAGGAUGACAAGAGCCGUAAAAGAAAAAGGAAGGCCGAGCGAAGUUAUAGAGACUCAUCGUCAGAGUCCUCUGCCGAAUCUGAGGGGGAAGACGUAGCUGAAGCCAAGAAGAAAAAGAGAAGUAGCGAGGAAAAGGAGAAAAUCACAGACAAAUCCAAGAAGAAGAGGAAAAAGAAGCACAAGAAACACGGCAGAAAAAAGAAAAAGAAGGCGGCAUCUCAGUCAGACUCUGAGUUUGACUAACAACCGUAGCUGUACGGUUGUCUCUUCCUCCUGACAGUUCACAGUAGUGUUAUUUUUGCCUCUGACCUCUGAAAAACUUCUCCUAUCCAGCUUUGGUCAUCACGCUUGAACAAGAGACUUACAGACUUGUAAUGCUGGGGUUCUGUGAGUUAAGUGAAUUGAGGGCGGCACCCAUCCCUCUAAGUGGCAACUACCGGUACAUAUCUUCCGUUUUUAUUGUCGGUUUGUUUUUCCACCAUGCUUUUUGUAGAUAAUUUUCCUUUUGAGUUAUGCUCAACAACGGGACUGAAGUGAAUUCCUUUAUAAUUAUUUUCCCCCCUCAUCUUGGAGAUGUCAGUGUGACUGGCGUUCGCUUUCACCUUCAGUACGCUGGCCCUCUCGGAGUCGCUCGCUCUCUGCUUCACACCCGACAUCUUGCAUUUCUAGUUGCUAGAUGAGACUGUCAUGCUAGUGCCUGCGUCGUGCAUGUAGACCCUGAUGACCUGAUGUCUCGCCAGCCUCAUAUUGAAGUUGGACUUAUGAUACGAAAUGUGAGCUGCACAGUCGACAUUUAUACAAGGGAUAAAUUGUACUGUUAGAUUAAUUGUUACACUGCAGUGUAAAUGUAAAAACAAUGGGAAUUCAUUAAUAAAGUAUUGUUUUAGCCUUUA